AUGUGGGAUAUAGCAAGCACCUUUGGCGAGAAGCUACACAAAAAUCUGACAUGGAAUGAACAGCUCGCAGGUUUUGCUGAGGAAGAUACAAAGGGAAGAAUGUUCUAUCGUUCCCUGAGUCGUAAUGCAGACAGAUAUGGAAACGUUAUACUUAUGAAGCUUUUUGGAUCGGAACGAAUAUCAGAGAAGGAAAGAGUGGCCAGGACAAUGUAUGAAAAACGAGAGCAUCUCGAGAAGGCGAUGAAUAUUCUUGGUUCACGCUUGAUAUUUGGAUGUUACUGCUUAUUCGAAAAUGGACGAAUUUAUGACGAAAUGAAUAUUCGCUGUUUCUUCGAAUCACUUGAGUGA